AUGUCUGGGCAUGGCGAUAAGCGUAUUACAAUGGUGGACUUUAGAGGAGCGCGUGAUGAUACAAAAAAGAAAAAUCAUUCUACGCUUAGUAAGAAAACGACGAAAGUCAUUAGGGGAGGCCCGAAGAAUUUCGGGUUAGCUCAAAUAAGUGAAAACCACUAUGGUUCUUAUUCUUAUAUCGAUAUAUAUCGGCGAGCUAUCUCUUGUAUAAUUGCGGGCAAGGUGACUAUUGCCACCUAUCGUUCUAACCUAUCACGAGUGAUCGCCUUUAGGGAAUACAAUAAGAAAGAUAUGGGACAAAUGGUUGAGGUAUACGACCGUCUUUAUCACCAAAACAUUUUGUCUUAUGUCACCUUUUGUACUUCAAACACGGAGACUUAUUUAUAUGCGAAGACCCUUAACGGCGCUAGUUACCUUGGCGAGAAUGGUUGGGAACACUAG